AUGUCCAGCGACAUCCUCACGCAGCUCCAGACCUGCUACGACCAGCUCCUGACCCAAUUCUUCGCCACGCUGAGCUACCUCUCGCAGCGACACCCGCUGGUCGCGCCCGACCCGGACCCCAACGACCCCUUCACGAACCCGCCACCGGGCCUCGCCGUCGCUGGGCCUCGAGGGCGAGGCAGCGGCGGCGGCGGCGGCGGUAGCCAGAUCUCCCAACCCGCAAACCCUCCUCCUCCUCCUUCUUCCGCCGGCGACGUCACCGUCCACCAACAACAAGAACACCACGAACACCCCGAACAACAGCACCCGCAGGCCGCCGCCGUGGCAGUGGUCAACCCGGGGCCGGAGGACACGGAGCGCGCGCCGUUCCCGCUGCACCCGGUGCCGGCGGCGACGUUUGCGCGGGCGCAGCGCGAACUGGCCGAGGACCUGGUGCUUAAGGGCCAGCAGAUCGAGAUGCUGAUCACGCGGCUGCCGGGGAUCGGGCGCGGGGCGCAGGAGCAGGCCGACGAGGUCGCGGCGCUGGCGGACCAGGUGCGGACGAUGGAGCAGGAGCGGCGCGCGCGCCGGCGGGAGUUGAAGGACUACGCCGCGCGGCUGGAGCGCGUCGUCAUGGCCAUGUCGGUGAACGUGGACUACGACGACAACGACGGCGGCGCAAACGGAGGGCAGGGAUGA